GCCCAGCUGCUCACAGGUGCCAAAUUCUCUCUCCCCCCCUUUCUCUGAAAAACAAAACUUUGUAGAGGAAACCCAAUUUGAACCUCAAAAAUGGUGUCAAAAUCAUCAUUUCUGCAAAACCCAAUUUGGGUAAGAGAUUCAAGCACUAGUUUUGUAAGCGGGUUUCCUCUAAAUCCACCAUGUUUGCAUCUAAAUUCCAAUAAUAAAAAGAGAAAAAAUGACAAUUUUAUUAGUUUGGUGGUUGCUUCAAUUUCAAGCGGCAGCAAUAAUAGUUCGAACAAAAACGGUAGUAACAACGGAAGGUUUUAUCUGAAUUUUACUGGGUUUCCGUUUCCUUUGGGUCCUUUUCUUAACAGACGAACUCUUCGUACUGAGAUUGUAAAAGGCAGCAUAUGGUCAUUUGAACAAGAACAAGCUUUGGGCUUUAGCAGUGUCUCGACAAAUAUUCGCAUGACUGUCAUCAAGCUCAGGUCAGGUGGAUUAUGGGUCCAUGCACCAAUUGCUCCAACUAAAGAGUGCAUCCAGCUUGUGAAGGAACUUGGAGCUCCAGUUGAAUUCAUUGUUUUGCCUACAUUUGCUUAUGAACAUAAAAUAUUCAUGGGACCAUUUUCUAGAAAGUUUCCCCACGCUCAAAUAUGGGUGGCCCCAAGGCAAUGGAGUUGGCCCUUAAAUCUACCACUUGAAUUUUUUGGUAUCUUUCGUGCAAAAACCUUGCAGGAUGAGGAUUCAUCAACUCCAUGGUCUGAUGAAAUCGAACAGAAAGUUCUGAGUUUACCAGAAGUUGGUAUUGGACCAUAUGUGGAGGUGGCCUUCUAUCACAAGCGUUCAAGAUCCCUUUUGGUGACUGAUGCUGUGAUUUUUGUUCCGAGGCAGCCCCCAAACUGUAUUGGUAAAGACUCGUUAUUGGCGUCUGCAAAGAACGGUUUAGCUGUAAAAAUUCUUAGCAAAGGAAAAGAAGUCUCCAAUGAACCGGUUGUUGACAAUCCAAUGAGCCGCCAGAAAGGAUGGGAAAGAAUGGUUCUCCAGAUUCUUUUUCUUGGUCCUUCAAAUUUGUUAGAACCAAAUGCCACAUUUUCUCAGAUAUCCCAGAAGCUGAUUGUGUCUCCUAUAGUGAAAACAUUGGUCUUCAGCAAAGUUCCUGAAAAGGUGAAGGACUGGAUUGAUGGGAUAGUACGAGACUGGAGAUUCCAAAGAAUAAUUCCUGCUCAUUUUGAAGCUCCAAUAAAGGCAAGCAGAUCAGAAUUUCUAGCUGCAUUUGGUUUCCUGGAUGACCUCUUGGAAGAGAAAUAUAUUACUAAGCCAUCACUAUCACUCAUGUUGGCUUCAUUCAUGGGAAAGGCUGCUACUUAUUUUCCACCGGAUGAUAUGAAAACCUUAUCCUCCCUUGAUCAAUUCUUAGUUUCUGUGGGAGCUGUCAAGAAGACAGUUUCAGGCCGCAAGAGAUGACGGCCAAAUUCUAGUCUCAGCUGCUAAACUUGUUUAAAAAAAAAAAAAACUAUCAGCAUAUAUAUGUUGUUUAUCUGAGGAAGCUGCUUAAACGUUGUUCCGUUUUUGGAAUUCUUCCCUUUCAUUAAAGUAAAAGUAAUGUUUAAGUAUAACUUCAGAA